ACUAUGAAGCCUUCAACAACAGCACCUACCAUGAAUAGAGAAGAGAAAGUCCAGAACUAAGUUUCUGUGCUACUACAUGCUCCAAAGACUCCAUUAUAUAUGUGCUACCGACCAUGGAUUUUCCGGUGGCGGUGUUGUCAAGAAGUAGUAGAGUAAUGUUCCCUUUUCUGGUAUUUAUGCUGACCAUUUCAGUGAUGCACCCAUGGUUGUGCAUUGGUAAUUGCAAGGUUGAAGCAAUUCGAAUGCUACGAGACAGCGAAUGGGCAGACUACGAGAACAUGACCACCAUGAACGUCUACCACCAUAAGAAGAAGAUGGAGGAGAAGAAACACAAGUUCUUCAAUGGAAAAUCCUUUGGAUUUAAUGAAACCGAGAGAAGUUUUGAAGAGAUCAAACGGACAGUACCUGCUUGCCCCGAUCCUCUUCACAACAAGUAGAUCACCUUUCUUUUUUCUGCAUUUAAGUAUGGCUUUGAUAUAUCUUAAUUUGAUCAAAAUACCCACGU